AUGCCAGCUCCAGCGUACGUUGACGGUAAACCACCGGUGAUUUCCUUGCUCGACUACGACGAGGCCGAAUGGGCCGAAGGGACCUGUGUUGAUAGCAGACCGGGCUACUACGUGGUUGUGAACAUGGAGAGGCCGGAGGAGGUGGUUGCCAGAUUCAACUUGGACGCCAACACCACCUUGGAUACUAUCUUCAAGAGUGCCAAGAAGACCUACAAAGAGCAAGCAAAAUAA